CGCGAGACUUCCUUCACCUCCGCCGCUCCCUUUGCCGCCGCCUUAGCUGGGGACCCGGACCCAGCCUCUCCCCUACCCGAUUCCACCAGCCCCGGCUCCACCGAAGCCCCGACCCCCCCAGCCCCGCCUCGCCGCCGCCAUGGCGGAUCCUAAAUACGCCGACCUUCCCGGCAUUGCCAGGAACGAGCCAGAUGUUUAUGAAACCAGCGACCUACCUGAGGAUGAUCAAGCGGAGUUUGAUGCGGAGCUGGAGGAGUUGACAAGCACAAGUGUGGAGCACAUUAUUGUCAAUCCCAACGCUGCCUAUGACAAGUUCAAGGACAAGAGAGUGGGGACAAAGGGUCUUGAUUUCUCAGAUCGUAUUGGAAAAACCAAGAUGACAGGAUAUGAAUCUGGAGAUUAUGAGAUGCUUGGAGAAGGUCUGGGAAUGAAGGAGACCCCUCAGCAAAAGUACCAGCGACUGCUACAUGAGGUCCAAGAGCUGACAACUGAAGUUGAGAAAAUCAAGACAACAGUGAAGGAGUCAGCCAGUGAGGAGAAGCUGACCCCUGUAGUGCUGGCUAAACAGCUGACAGCCCUGAAGCAACAGCUGGUUGCUUCCCACCUGGAAAAGCUGCUGGGACCAGAUGCUGCAAUCAACCUCACUGACCCCGAUGGAGCUCUUGCUAAGCGCCUACUACUGCAGCUGGAAGCAACCAGGAACAGCAAAGGGAUUUCAGGAGGAAAGACUGCAAGUGGGACACCCUCAGAUAGCAACCUUGUCACUUAUGAGCUACAUUCUCGGCCUGAGCAGGACAAGUUCUCUCAAGCUGCCAAAGUUGCAGAACUUGAGAAGCGCCUGACAGAGCUGGAGGCAACUGUACGCUGUGAUCAGGAUGCUCAGAAUCCCCUUUCUGCAGGUCUACAGGGAGCUUGUCUUAUGGAAACUGUAGAGCUGUUGCAGGCAAAGGUGAGCGCCCUGGACCUUGCAGUUUUGGACCAAGUAGAGGCUCGGCUACAGAGUGUUCUGGGAAAGGUGAAUGAGAUCGCCAAGCAUAAAGCCUCUGUGGAGGAUGCAGAUACACAAAGCAAGGUUCACCAGCUAUAUGAAACCAUCCAGCGCUGGAGCCCCAUUGCCUCCACCCUUCCUGAGCUGGUGCAAAGACUUGUCACCAUCAAGCAGCUGCAUGAGCAAGCCAUGCAGUUUGGUCAGCUUCUGACACACUUGGAUACCACCCAGCAGAUGAUUGCUAGUUCUCUCAAGGAUAAUACCACCCUCUUGACCCAGGUACAGACAACCAUGCGUGAAAACCUGGCCACAGUUGAGGGGAACUUUGCCAGCAUUGAUGAGCGGAUGAAGAAGCUAGGAAAGUGAGCAACUUUGAGAGGUGGAAAACAGGGGGUAACCCUUGCCUUUCUGAACUGUUAACAACUUAUAUAGGGUCUCCCCUUCAUCAUAAUAGCCCUAUCCCGUUUGGCACUGGUGGCAAGGGUUCUUGCAUGUGGGGUUCACACCCCUCCCUGAUACAGGGUGAUAGCUGGGGUACAUUAAACAUGGUUUCCCCUCAGGCCCAGGGGAUGAGGACAUGGGCCCAGUUACUUGCCAGCUCACGUCUUCUAAUACUGCUUUGCCUGGUAUAGGGGCGGACGGGGUCCUUUCCUCCAACAGUUUCUGUGGCUGACUGUAAUACUGUACAACUUUCUGACCAUUAAAUGCUGUUGUACUCUG